AUGCGUCUCUCCCUCCCUCUCCUCGCGCUAGCGUGCCUCGCACCGGCAGCACUGGCGCGCACAGUGCGGGUCCACCUCGACGUCUCGCUCGGCACCCUCUGGAGCGAUGGCACGCCUCAAGUCCACUCCGCGCUCGUCAAUGGCACGUCGCCCGGCCCAGCGCUCCGCUUCCAGCUCGGCGACUUCAUCCUCGUCAACGUGACCAACUCGCUCGAGUAUGCCAACACUACGAUACACUGGCACGGCUUGAGCAUGAUGCUCACGCCGCUGGUGGACGGUGUGCCGCUCGUCACUCAGUGGCCGAUCGCGCCCAACCGGUGGUUCGAGUAUGGGUUCAAGGCGGAGCAAGUCGGGACCUACUGGUACCAUAGUCACGUGGGGCUGCAGGUCAUGUCGGCGCACGGAGCAUUUAUCAUCGAGGACCCAGACGAUCCCUACGCCGAUGAGUACUGCCAAGACGUGCCGCUCAUGGUCGGCGACACGUUCCACAGGCCGCAAGAGAAGAUCCUCGCGGGACUCUACGGCGAGCCGUUCCAGUGGAUCGGCACGGCCAAGGCGCUCACGAUCAACGGCAAGAUGAUCGGCGGAGUGUGCAACGAGACGGAGGCGGCGGCGCAGGAGGUGUCGUGUGCCGACAGGCCGGCCGACGGACCGGCAGAGGAGCAGCCGCAUGUCAUUCACCUGGAUUAUGAGCAGACGGCGAGAUUGCGCUGGAUCGGUGCACAGGCUCUCAUGUAUCAGACGAUCGGCGUCAUGAAUCACUCGAUGAAGCUCAUCGCUGCCGAUGGAACGUAUAUCAAGCCGAUGGAGAUCAGCGCUGUCGAGAUCGCAGGCGGCCAGCGCUACGACACGCUCCUGACGGGCAAGAGCGAGGAUGAAGUGAAGACCGACGGCCUGAGUGGCUGCUACUUCAUCCGCUCCGAGUCUCGCUGGCGUGAGUCAUCUGCAGCUUCAGCACAUCUCUGGACCGGGCUUCUCGCCUAUCCCUCCUGCGACAUCGCCAAGGCCCUCUCAAGCCUUUCUGCAGCGACGUCCGAGAAGAUCCUCAGCGACGCAGUGCCCAAGUUCGGCUGGCUCACCGCCGAAUUUGAGCCGCUCGAAGGCGCGAAGCAGGAAGACACAUUCCCGAGCGAUGCAGAAGUGACGAGGCGUGUCUAUAUCGACGCCCAGCAGAUCCCGGCUGGUCCGUCUGGGAAGGGCUCUCGAUGGGCGAAUAACGGUGUCGUUUACGCCGAGGAGAGCAACGCGCUGCAGAAUGCCACGACGGACACGCCCUACCUCAUCCAGAUCUUCAAGGGCGAAGCCGAAGCGCCGUCGUACUCGCGCGCGAUGGACCCAAAUCAAGGGCCCUCCGGCUACGAUCCAGUGUCUAAGACAUGGGUCGCCAAGGCGGGAGAGGUGAUUGACAUCGUCAUCAUCAACAACGCCUCCGCGACGGGGCACCAAGUCGAGGUUCAUCCGUGGCACAGACACGGCGACAAGCAUUGGACGCUGGCAAGUGGCCCCGGCAUCUUCUCCGACGCCGCUCUUGCAGAAGCUCGGGCUUCGGGCUUCAAGAAGCCCAUCGCACGCGACACGAGCGUCAUCUAUGCCGGACCUGGCGCUACCAUCAACCCCGGCGAGCUGCUGCCUUCAAACUCUUCAGGAGGCUGGCUGGUCAUGCGUACGAAGGUGCAGAGCGCAGAUCUGGGAGCGUUCUUGCUCCACUGUCACAUAGCCCCGCAUUCCGCUAUGGGCAUGUCGAUGACUUGGGCAAUGGACGUAGAUGAGCUACGGACGAGUCAGGCCAUGAAGGCGUACAGCGAGUGA